CGUUAGAAAGAAAGAACUGUCGGGUUUUAAAGUUAAAAGAUUUCCAUAAUUAAUAGGAGCACUCAUUUUGAUUGGGAACUCUGAAAAAAAAGAAAGAAAUGGCCACAAAAUAUAAGGAAAAUACCCGCCUAAAAGUAGUAAAAGAAAUUCCUGAUGUCGUUAUUGAUUGUGUUAACAAGAGGCGAUAUAUGAAAGGUAGAUUUUUAGGAAAGGGAGGUUUUGCAAAAUGUUAUGAACUCACAGACAUGGAAACCAAAGAAGUAUUUGCAGGAAAAGUUGUACCAAAGGCUAUGCUUUUAAAACAACAUCAGAAAGAAAAAAUGACCCAAGAGAUAGCAAUUCAUCGUAGUUUGAAUCAUAAGAAUAUAGUUGGCUUUCAAGGGUAUUUUGAAGACCCCAAUUAUGUUUAUAUUGUCUUGGAACUUUGUCGAAGGAGGUCUCUCAUGGAAAUGCACAAAAGGAGGAAAGUGAUAACAGAACCAGAGACUCGCUACUUUAUGCAACAAAUUGGUACAGCCUGUAAAUACCUUCAUGAGCAAAAAGUGAUACAUAGAGACCUUAAGCUUGGCAAUUUGUUCCUCAGUAAUGAAAUGGAAAUCAAACUAGGAGACUUUGGUUUGGCAACACGUGUAGACUAUAUAGGGGAGAGGAAGAGAACACUAUGUGGAACUCCUAAUUAUAUUGCUCCUGAGGUGCUUGGAAAGAAAGGACAUAGUUUUGAAGUGGAUUCUUGGUCUUUAGGAUGUAUAUUGUACACCAUGCUGGUUGGAAGGCCUCCGUUUGAGACUUCCUCACUAAAAGACACCUACACAAAAAUAAAAAAAAAUGAGUAUCAUAUUCCUUCAAGAGUCAGCCUCCCAGUUCGUCAGUUAAUACAAAAGCUGCUUCAUUCGGACCCAAGCCAAAGACCAACUAUGGAUCAAGUUUUAAAUGAUGAGUUCAUGACAUUAGGGUAUCUUCCUUCACGUCUCCCAACCUCAUGCCUCACAAUGGCCCCACGUUUUGAAGCUAAAAACAUAUCUAUAAUAUCCUCAACAAAUUCACGAAUGCCUCUCUUGGAAAUCAAUAAUGAGGAACAGUGUGGAGUUCUAACCAAGCUUAGCACACCAGAGAAGCUGACUACAGCUCUAAAGGGUGGUACCAUGCAAAAAAAGUGUGAAAUAGCUGAAAAAAUUGUUAAACCAUCCAUCGCUGAUAUCCCUGCUGACUAUUACCUCAGUGAUAUGUUUGCAAUGCUGGCCUCAGUGGUGGGAGCAAAGAUUGCUGAUAAGGCUGUGAUACAAGAAGAUGAGGCAUUAGACCCUGCUGCCAUCCCCAUCUUCUGGGUCAGUAAGUGGGUGGACUAUACAGACAAGUACGGACUAGGUUACCAACUCUGUGAUAAUAGUGUAGGAGUCCUUUUUAAUGAUUCCACUCGUAUCAUUCUACUAGCUGAUGAACUUAAUGUCCAGUACAUCGAAAGAGAUGGACAAGAAAGUUACUACACUCUUCAAAAAUUUCCUGAAACAUUAAGCAAGAAAAUAACGCUUUUGAAAUACUUCUGCAACUACAUGAAUGAGCACCUCCUGAAGGCUGGAGAGAGUAUUGUUCCAAGGGAAGGAGACGAACUGAUUCGGCUUCCAUACUUACGAUCUUGGUUUCGUACGAGGAGUGCAAUUGUCCUUCAUCUUACAAAUGGAACCCUACAGAUAAAUUUCUUUCAAGAUCACACUAAAAUUAUUCUUUGCCCUCUAAUGGGAGCUGUUACGUAUAUUGAUGAAAAGAAAGAUUUCCGCACUUUUCGGUUGAAGCUUAUUGAAGACUUUGGAUGUUCUCGGGAACUUGCUUCACGACUUAGAUAUGCAAGAACAAUGGCUGAGAGGUUGUUAACCUCCCAGUCAGGAUCUUUGCAAAAGAAAACGCCUGCAUAAGUCAAAGAGAUUAUAUGCUGUUUCUAAAGCAUAGGAAGUUAUUUUAACUAUUGUUUGCAGACGUUAUUGUUCGUAUUUUCUACAAUUAAAAUCGUGAGGGCAACCCAGCUUGCCCCAUAAAGGGGCUUCCAUAGUGGUUGUGUACAACACUGUUAUUGAACUGUUAACUUACCAUGGGAAAACAUGGUUAGCGUAUGUUAUGAAACAUUUAAAAGUAUUGAAUGUCUUUAAGGCAUUUUUAAAUCAGAAUGUACUGUGCAUUGAUGGUUGUUUGUGUGAACUUUUUGUCCUUUUCUUUUAGUUAUUAAAAUAUAAACCAACACAGCUACUUCAUGUUCUACAUUGUAUUGUAACGUAUAUUUUUCAGCUUUUUUAGACAUUUAAUUUCUUUGAAAUAUAGAGUACAGAAGACUUUCAAUGUUGUUAAUAAAACGGGUCUUUGGAACACUGCAUUUUACCUAAGUAUUAAAUGAUGUAUUGAGAAAACAUUCCAUAAUGAGCAUAUCAGUGCCAUAAGUGGUGGUAGCCUAGCAAGUGAAAUGUGGGAUAUAUGCCUACAUUUUAUAAUACUUUUUCUGAUCGUAUAACAUUGAAAGUAAAGAUUAAAAUAAACCCAUCAAAAGAAAGCUCUUUUUUAGCAACUUUACUUUUUCAGAUUAUCAAUCUAAAGGUUCUGUUUUUUUCUACAAGUUAUUAAAAACUUUUCAUUUGUGUAUUUUGUGAUUGGUUUUUAUUUUAGUAUUUGUCAUUAAAUAUUGUCCAACUUGUGAUGAAAUAAGUGUUGUACUAUCAGUUAGAAUUCUAUAAUAGUUUUGAUUAAUUCUUAAAAAACAGAAAAUGUAAGUAUUGAGCAUCUUGUUUUUAUCUUACCCGUAUUCAUAAUUUUGACAGUUGGUGAAUGCAUAGUUGUAUUUUUUAUUAAUGUUUGUAUUGUUCUCAACUAUGAAAGUUCCGUCAACUAGAAUAAUUCACUUUAUUACCAAUUGUUAUAACAUUCUCCAUUUUGAACUAAUAUAAAUAAUUUGUCACCACAAAGAAAUAGCUUUUUCAGAUUUUGUUAAAUGCAUUUUGUCCAUGUUAUCACAUAAAAUAUACAAUCAAUAAUGUAGCUUUGAAGUGUGUGUGUUCAGUCACAUUACAGUUUUUGUGUGGAUCUGUGAUAUAGUAUGUAACACUAAGUAUCAAUACCAGGCAAUUAAUCAUUAUUGAACUGAGCUGGUCACUUAAAUAAAAGAUCUACUCACUUGCACCAAAUCAUUUUUUCAUUUCUAAUAUUAAUGGAAUCUUCUCUAGCAGCUAAAAAAGUGCCAAAUUAAACCCUAUCUCAGUUAGAAUAAAGACACAAUAAAUUAGUAGAAAUAUUAAUUGUAGAAAAAUAAAGUUGGUAUAUAAGAAAUGUUAAAAUACUAUGACAUUUAUAUUUCAACAAAAAUCUAACUAGUUCAUUAAGUUUUUCAAGUUGUAAUAUGGCUGUAGCUAAAGAAGUCUUCAACCAUGUGAGCCAAUGCUUAUAGAUUUUUCUUAAUAUCAUAAUGCAUUUUAUAUAUGCUAGAGGGAUUAAGGUUCGACUACAGUGACCAUGAGAACUUUCAAAUAAAGGUAUCUUAUUAGCAUAAUGCUGUGUUGACAAGAAAUGUCUGUCUGUGGCAGAACAAACUUGAGUUCAGAUAAUAUUGAUUUUAAUUAAGUUAUAUUACUUAAUAUAUGUUGAUGAAAAUGAAUAAUGAACAAAUUUUGGUCAAUUCUUUUGAAACUAAAUUCAUGAAUCUUGCUCUAUACUCCUCAAAUAUGAUUUUAAAGCUGUUGUAAAACUUGGUAAUUGUGGUUGAGAGAAGUAGGGAUAAAUUCGUAAUGCAUCCACCUUUAUCAGAUCUAUGUUGAUUUAUCUGUAAAUAAAAUAAUUUAGU